AUGGCUUCCAAGAGCCCUUUCCAGUUCCUGGUCCUCCCUCGCGAGUUGCGCGAUGACAUCUACGUCUACUACUUGACGCUUGAGGGAGGCUACGUCUUCAACUAUGAGUCUGGGAAGCUGGUGACGGCUAACAGCGAUACGAGCCCCAUAGACCUGGCUCUUAUGUACACCUGUACAGUGGUUGCCGACGAGAUGAAGGGCCUUGCUCUCAGAGAGAAUUGCAUCACCUUAUACCCGGUUACAUCUGCGGAACUGCGCGUCAGGGCAGCUCGCUUCCACGCACUGUUGCAGGAUGUGCUUAGACUUGAGCGCGGUCUGCUUCAAGACGAUUACGAUUACAACAACGACCCCCACGAGGAUGUGCCGCCGCGUUAUAACCAACACGUGGUCGACCAGGUCUCUCGCAUCAGCCCACACGCCGGGUUCUUACUACAGGUUCACUUGGAUCACGACACAUAUUGCCUACACUACGAAUAUCCGUACGGUAUCGCACGCUCCGAGAUGCGGCAAGCGCUGCACCACGCCGUCCAGCUUACCUUGGACCAAGACCUUUUCGCCCAACCCCAGAAGGCAGAGGCCCAAGCUAUCCUGCCCGUGCGCCGCGACAUUCCGCCUUGGGCUAUCCCCACCGAAGAAGACUUGGAGCGCAUGAGUUGCCUUGUUCAUAGAGACCCGGACGAAUUUAACCAAGGCUUGGCCGAAUUCUGGAGUAACUCAGCAUCAAGGAGCUCCGGUCGAAGUUGGCAUUGGCAUUUCGUCUACGGGAUAUAUCGCUUCUCUGCUGCCGCCGUCGCGGUUCACUUCCUUUCUUCCAUCUCUCCGAAUACUCGCCAGCAUAUCCGGCAGGUCAAGCUCUGCGAGGAUAGGAAAGCUGUAGGGAACUCUGAAUGUCACGCACUUGGGCUCAUCCCUUUCUGUCAAGCCAAUACUUUGAUGCGCAUCGAGCGCCGUGUCAAUCUCUGGAAGAACGCUUUCCAAAAGCCACGGGGCCCCUCGAAAGUCAACUCCAGGAAUGGCGUCCACAGCCUUUCCGCAAGCGAACUCAUAAUCCCCUGGAUUGCGGAGGCUAUGGCCCUCGAACCUGCUGGGAUGCCUGCUGAAUCCUUCAAUCUCGUCCUGGAUGGCGACCUAGCCCCAGAGCAGUGCUCGGAAAUAUGGCAAACUCGUCAGCGCGAAGUUGUCAGCCAGAAAGCGAGGCAAGACCUCCAGAGGCGGAAACUGGUUCGUAACACAGAAUAUUUGGACGGUGAAAGUGAACUCCACUGGGGAUGUUUCUCGCCAUGCGGGUUCCACGGAAUGGAGAAGGCAUUGGAUGAUAUUGCAAACGGGACCUCCGUCGUCCGGUGCAACUUCCCAUUGCCGCCGAGAAUCUAUGCUGAUGAAAUCAUCGCAAACGCAAUAUCUCUUGGGUCGGAAUGGUGGUAUCAGUGGAGGGACCAAGACUGGAACCGGUCGUUUGAUGAAUACCACGAACCCGACCCUCCAAACCCGGGAUGGACCGAGCUUCUGAAGGACAACAUUCUGCCCGAGUUCUUCGAGAGAUAUCCGACGUUCGUGAAGGAGGGAUUCCGAGAGUUCCGUUGA